AUGAUGACAAUAUGUAUUAUUGCUACUAUACACUAUUCUGUGAGCAAUAUUUGUGAAUGCGGGAACAAACUCUUUUGUUGUGUCUUAUCAGGCGCCUUGUCAAAAUCUAACGCAGUCUUUGGAAUUCCAUUGUGGCUGUUACUUUUGAGUAGUGACAAGCUGGUUUUCUUCUUUUGUUUCCUUUUCCCAGUCUCCGUUACUGAACAAAGAAAGAACAAAGACUUAUCCGCGAGUGGGGUGCGAAACGUGACGGUGAACGGACAAUUGUGCUCUUGUCACAAUAGAAGAUACAAUAGAACAGUUGUUAAAAGCGAAUUAUUGUUUGAACACUGGUUUUGUAGAACAUGA